AUGGCAUCCCAGGGAACUUCCGCUACUCCAGGAGCGGGAGCUCAUGCGGCCGGUUCACCACAAGCACUUAAUCAAAUUGUCAUAGAAUACCUUAGUAAGAAAGGCUAUGCAAAGACCGAAGCUAUGCUCCGUGUGGAAUCGGCGCACACAGACCACGAGGGGAGGCCUAUCCUAUCAAACCUGGAUGAUCAGCCCAGCAUCAAGUACGAAAAGGCUUAUGGUCAUUUGAAAGGUUGGAUAGAGAAUUCGCUGGAUAUUUACAAACCGGAGUUGCGGAGGCUUUUAUUCCCUGUUUUUGUUCACUCGUUCCUACAGCUUGUCAAGGAAGGCUAUAUGAAGCCCAGCCAGGAUUUCUUUGGGGAGCACUCUGCUGAACACGCCACUGCCCAUGCCCACGAUUUAAAGAAGUUCAAAGCAAUUUUCCUCCCGCAGCAUAUCGACGAUGACCACUUGGCGAGAUUGUACCGCGAGAACAAAUACAAGGUCAACUUCUCCAAGACGACGUCUAAUCUCUUGAUGCACUUUCUGGAGGAGACUGAGGAUAAUGGUGGAAGGGUUAUACUUAGGAUCAUCAACGACCAUAUCGAGAUGAGAACUACUGCAGGGCGCCCUACCAUGUUCGGAGAGGAGGAAGGAAUCCUGGGUGAGGACGAGGGAAUCACCGGUCAUACUUCCGGACGCUCAGAAUCCGGGGCGCCACUACCAGCGCUUAAACUUGGACUCUUGCCUAUGCCCCCCAACUUUAUUGCUGACGUGAAAAAGGGUUCGUUGGAUGAAGAUGCUAUGGGAGCGGAGAAUGCCGCAGGGGGCGACUUCGGUGUCAGUUUACUGGACGAAUUCCAAAAAAAAAUAAAGAGGGAAGAAAGUGAGGACAGCCCCAUGAGGGACCACAUCCCCUUACCACCAUAUACCGGGGUUGACAUCGAGAGGGAGGUUAGACUGGUGAAGGAAAGUAGGGAGAAAAUGAAGUUGUCUGGCCCUCCGGCGCUAGCGCUUCCGUCAGUGCUCAUGUAUACAUUUCAUAACACUAACGAUGGUCUCCAAUGUGUUGACUUCUCGGAGGAUGGCACGAUCGCGGCGGGCGGCUUCGCAGAAUCAUAUGUCCGGAUAUUCUCCAUAAAAGGCGCACCCCUAGUGUCUAUCAUCCCAACUGAAAACGUCCCUGCCGCUCCCAAGACUAGGCGUUUGAUCGGACAUUCGGGUCCUAUCUACGGAGUCUCCAUCUCACCGGAUAAGAAGUACCUCCUCUCCUGUUCCGAGGAUAAGUCAGUCCGCCUCUGGUCCUUAGCCACGUACACAGCCCUAGUCUCGUAUAAAGGCCACGACAGUCCAGUCUGGGACGUACGGUUUGGCCCAUACGGACACUACUUCGCCACGGCCAGCCACGACCACACAGCCAGACUCUGGAGCUGCGACCACAUCUACCCGCUCCGCAUCUUCGCCGGCCACCUGGACGACGUAGACACCAUCAUCUUCCAUCCCAAUUCUGCAUAUGUCUUUACCGGGUCCACCGACAAGACCAUCCGCAUGUGGGACGUCCAGACAGGAAACUCCGUCCGUCUGUUCACCGGACAUACCGGCCCCGUCAGGGCUUUGGCUAUCAGUCCCAACGGAAAGUGGCUCGCUUCUGCAGGACUAGACAGCACCAUCAUGCUCUGGGACAUCGCCAGUGGGAAGCGUCUGAAGACUAUGAGAGGCCAUGGUAAGACCAGUAUCUACUCGCUAACCUUCUCAAUGGAGGGUACAAUCUUGCUCAGCGGCGGCGCGGAUAAUACUGUUCGCUGCUGGGACGUUGCGUACGGGACUGGCGCUCCUACGGCUGAAGCUCCGGAGGGUGUUGGUGCAACUCCCGCUGCUGGUGGUGGCGGAGUGCUCCCUGGCGGGGAUGGAGCUACAAAGGUUGAUGGUACAUCCACGACUGGUGUGCCUAAUAAACGCAAAAGGACGGAGAUUGUCGCUACCCCUGAUCACCUCCAAGUAUUCUACACCAAAAAGUCACCUGUCUACAAGGUCCAAUUCACCCGCAAGAAUUUGUGCCUUGCAGCUUCUGCCAACAUGCCUAAUGCGCCCUAA